AUGAAGAGAACCAGAGCUCACAGCGCUUGUGAACAUUGUCGCUUGAAGAAGACGAAAUGUGACGAAGCCAGACCUAGCUGUAGUCAGUGCAAAACUCGAAACUUACAAUGCACAUACAAAGACUCCGUUCCAACAAAGCUGGAGAGGACGUUAUCGCUGUUAUUUCAAAGGAUAGAAAACGAAAAUUCUAAACUAGAACAAGUCAAGCGUGCUUCGCAUCAUCUUGAAGAAACAGAACCUUAUAUGAUUGGAGGAUACGAAUUCGAUGAGGUGGAGGUAGAUUUGAACGAAAUUAAAGGAUCGACAACCCCAGACGAAAGAAAUAGAAUAAUCUAUUUGGAAGAGCAGUACUCACUUAAAGUCGAGUAUAAUUUUAAUAGUGCUUUAAUUAAAAAGCUCAAAGAUGCCUAUUUGCGACAUAUAUAUCCAGUGUUUCCAUUGCUAUGUGAACAGAAACUUUCAGAAUUAUCGCAAGAUGUCUCUCAAAAGGGAUUACAAGCAGAUUUCGAAACUUUCAUCCUUUUGCUGGUGUUGGCUUUGGGUGCGAUCAGUUUGGCUGAGGAAAAUGAUAGUAUUUCCAAAGAGAAUUUUUGGAAUAAUCCCAAUUACCAGGUGGCUCAUCGCCAGGUAGACCCACAACCAGGGUGGUCUUAUUUUUGGUUGGUUUUGGGAAUGAAAUCUCGUUUAGUGAGUUCAUCCACUGAUAAUUUGAGUCUUGUAAUGAUCCCAUUACUCUGCUCAUUAUAUUUUUUGAAAUUAGGAGACAUCGUGUCACAUUGUGAUUACUUACAAGAAGCCUGCACCAAGCUCAACAAACAAUUAUUUCGGCUUAAACAAAGUCCGUCUAUAGGCUCAUAUAAUCAGCUUUAUGUCGAUACUUUGAGGCGCAUUUUUUGGGUAUGCUUAGACUUGGAACGAAAUAUGGCAAAUAUGGCUUCAAUUCCGAAGUCAGAGUUGUCCUCACUACAACAAUGGUUAGCUUUGCCUACAGGUUGUAAACCCAAGUUCCCAUUUGAUAGCAAUGAAAGUUAUGCGUUUUGUUAUAUGAGCUCCAUUAUAUGUUGUCAAAUAUCCGUGAUAAGACGACCUUAG